GUAUUUACAACUUACGAUAAAUGUCAUGCGAUUUUUUCCAAACAAAAAUACCUGUUAAAAACCACGUAAGCUCUUGUAAGCUUUAAAAUAAUUAAUAAUCAUGGAAUUCGAUGGUAUAUUUAAGAAGGAUACUAAUCACGAACCAAUCGAUUGGGACAAAGUAAAGAAAGAUAGGGAAGAGUACUUUGAAAACCUAAGGAAAUGGUUAGAAAGUACCAGAGUAUGGAACAACAUGCACUCUGGUUUUCCACAGUUUGCUGGAAAUUUAAACACGGACAGGUCUUCCACAAGUAUUGGCCAAAACUCCUUUACACCAUUUACUCAAAAUCAACAACCGGAAGGACUUCGAUUUAAUAAUCUACAACAGGGUCAAAAUGAUAAUACUACUUUAAACGGAGUACCUUUCUACCAAACUUACCCAUUUAUCUUCCCUCCAAACUUAUUUCGACCACCAACAACUUACGAAUUUAUUAUACCACCCCUGUGGAAAAGGUUUUGUGCAGAAGUAAUAGAUUUCUCUAUAUUAUUUAUAUUUAAGCUAAUUUUAACUUUUCUAUUCCUGGACUUUAUAAACUUGGGGAAUACACUUGAUCUUUAUGGGUUAGAAGCGAUACAGAAGAGUUUAGAAGGUGCAGAAAUUGCAUAUCCAUUGGCAUUCGAACUACUUUUGUUGGAAUUAAUUCACAGAGUUGUGGUUUGCUUUUUUGAGGCAUACUUUCUCAGAGGUAAAAUGUGUUCCACGCCCGGCAAAAGAUGCAUGGGUUUGAUGGUUGUAAAUGUUGAAACUAUUAGUGCUGUACCAAACCCUCAGCCUGACAUUGUCACAGCUACAGGAGUGAAGUCCCUGGGAUGGCAAAAAGCGAUGCUUCGUUCAAUGUUAAAGAAUCUAAUUGUGGGACUGCUGUUACCUUUAUGUAUAACUUUUUAUGUAUUCCCAUUUAAUCGUACUAGUUAUGACAUGAUGUCAAACAGUGUGGUUGUUGAAGUCCACCCAGAGUUCUUAAUGUACCAAAAUCUCAUAGUAACUUAAAUGUAUUUGAUAAGAUCUAAAAUCAGUGGAUAUCUUUUUGCUAUGGACUGGCCAACCUUAAAGUGUGAUUCUAUAAGUUAAUUUUGGGACCAUUAUUUGAAUUGGUUUAUUAUACUUUGAUCUGAUAGUAGAUCAAAUUAAUAUAUAUUAUUAAUCUAUGAGAUAUGUUUUUAACUUGUUUAAAAAAGAAAUAGAAAUGAUGGCAUUUUUAAAACCUUAUUAACUUAGUAUGUUUUACUAUAUUAGCCUUAAUGAAUUGUUUCUUAUUUCUACAAGGCUUGUUUUUUAUACACCCAUCUGUGAUACAAAAUACAAAUUUUGAAAGAAUGUUACUUUAAAUGAAAUUUAGUAGGUAAACUAUUUUGUUUUUAUGCAUACUAGUCGACAUAAGAAUUAUUUUUCAAUAGUUUGAAAUGAUAUAUAUGUUUUAGUAGGGUCUCUGAAAAAGCCUAGGAUAUUUAUAUUAUAGAAAUAUGUGUCGAUUUACUGUACAUUGUAGAGGAUUAAAAUAAAACACUAUAUGGACAAC